AUGGCCCAAGCCCACUGGCACUGCUACCCCUGGCUUGUUCUCCUCUGUGCAUGUGCCUGGAGUUACCCACAACCUAGGUACCUUGGAAGAGAAGAUGUGAGAAACUGUUCAACUAACCCUCCGCACCUGCCAGUUACUGCAGUCAAUACAACAGUGCAGCUUGCAGCCCUCCGCCAGCAGAUGCAGGCCUGGAAUCUCGCUGCCUACAUCAUUCCAGACACAGAUGCACACAUGAGUGAAUAUAUUGGCAAACAUGAUGAGAGGCGAGCAUGGAUUUCAGGCUUCACAGGAACCGCAGGUACUGCCGUGGUGACCAUGGGGAAAGCAGCUGUCUGGACUGAUAGUCGUUACUGGACUCAGGCUGAGAGGCAGAUGGACUGCAACUGGGAACUCCAUAAGGAAGUUAGCGUCUCUUCCAUUGUCGCCUGGAUCCUUGCAGAAGUCCCUGCUGGAGGCCAUGUGGGCUUUGACCCCUUCCUCUUCUCUGUUGAUUCCUGGGAGGACUAUAAUGUGGAAUUCCAAGACUCCAACAGACAUCUGGUAUCUGUGACAACCAACCUUGUGGACCUGGCAUGGGGGUCAGAGAGGCCCCCAAUGCCAAGCCAGCCCAUUUAUGCCCUGCCAAAAGAAUUUACAGGGAGCACUUGGCAGGAGAAAGUAACCACCGUCCGAAGCUAUAUGCAGAACCAUACCAUGGCUCCCACUGGUCUCCUUCUAUCAGCACUUGAUGAGACAGCUUGGCUCUUCAACCUUCGUAGUAGCGACAUCCCCUAUAAUCCUUUCUUCUACUCCUACACGCUGCUCACGGACUCUUCUAUCAGGUUGUUUGUCAACAAGAGCCGCUUUAGCCCUGAGACCCUGCAGUACCUGAACACAAACUGCACAUCACCCAUGUGUGUGCAGCUUGAGGACUACAGUCAAAUUCGAGAGAGUGUAAAGGCCUAUGCCCUAGGCAACGUAACAAUCUUGAUUGGGCUCAGCUACACCACCUGUGGGCUCUAUGAAGUGAUACCUGAGGAGAAAGUCGUGACAAGCACCUACUCCCCAGUAAUGCUAAUAAAGGCUGUGAAGAACAGCAAGGAACAGGCCCUCCUGAAGGCCAGCCACGUGCGGGAUGCUGUAGUUGUGAUCCAGUACUUGGUCUGGUUGGAGAAGAACGUGCCCAAAGGCACGGUGGAUGAGUUUUCUGGGGCAGAACACAUUGAUGAGUUACGACGGAAUGAAAACUUCUCCUCUGGACCCAGUUUUGAAACCAUCUCUGCUAGUGGCCUGAAUGCUGCCCUGGCCCAUUACAGCCCAACUAAGGAGCUGCAUCGCAAGCUGUCCUCAGAUGAGAUGUACCUGGUGGAUUCUGGAGGGCAAUACUGGGAUGGGACCACAGAUAUCACCAGAACAGUGCAUUGGGGCACCCCUACUGCCUUCCAAAAGGAAGCAUAUACACGUGUGCUGAUGGGUAACAUUGAUCUGUCCAGACUCAUCUUUCCUGCUGCAACAUCAGGGAGAAUGGUGGAAGCAUUUGCCCGAAGAGCCUUGUGGGAAAUUGGGCUCAAUUAUGGUCAUGGGACAGGCCAUGGCAUUGGCAACUUCCUCUGUGUGCAUGAGUGGCCAGUGGGAUUCCAGUCUAACAACAUUGCCAUGGCCAAGGGCAUGUUCACUUCCAUUGAACCUGGAUACUACCAGGAUGGGGAGUUUGGAAUCCGUCUUGAAGAUGUUGCCCUUGUGGUUGAAGCAAAGACCAAGUACCCAGGGACCUAUCUGACUUUUGAAGUGGUAUCCUUUGUGCCCUAUGACCGAAACCUCAUCGAUGUCAGCCUGCUGUCCCCGGAGCAGCUCCAGUACCUGAAUCAUUACUAUCAGACCAUUCGUGAGACUGUUGGCCCAGAACUGCAGCGUCGACAGCUGCUGGAGGAGUUUGCAUGGCUGGAGCAGCACACAAAACCCCUGUCAGCCAUGGCCCCUCAUUCCACCUGUUUGACUUCUGUGUGGGUAGCCUCUGCUCUUGCCAUCCUCAGCUGGAGUAGCUAGAGGCCCCCCAGUUCUCCUGCGGACUGAUCGCUUGGGUUUGGAAUUCCUUUGCUCUUGCUUAGCUAGCCUCCCUCUGCCAUACAUGUCCCAAGAGCCCCUGCUGGCCCAUCACCUUGAAGUCACUCUCCAAAGCUUCCUCCAGAGCCAGAGCCCAGGCAGUACAUUCUACCUUCUCCCGGAUGUACAUGCCUCAUCAUGGACUCCCACCCCCAGGCCCUGGGAUAGCAGAGCCACUGUGUAGCCUAUAGGCUAAUGCUCCUAUUAGGGCUCCAUAGCCCAGAGGGCCCCAUCCUAUCCUACUUGCUGUUCCCACCCACGCUGACUCCUUAUUUACCCUCAGGCCUACAGUGGCCUCCUGGCUGCAGACUGUAGAGUUGAAGGUCUACGGGUGACUCAAGCCUGCCUGCACUACCUGUAGAAGGAGGCGGCUGGGUGCUCUGCCUGCAGACUGCCACUCUAGCACUGGGGAGAACAGAUGAGUGGAAGUCAGCUGUGACCUGGAACUGGAGACCUGUCAGGAGCACGCAUCAGUCCUCUCCCCACAUGUGAACCCACAGCUCUUAAACCACCAAUGUGCUCCUUGACAAGUGAUCACGUAGGGAGUUAAGGCAUAGGACUUUGACUGUGAAGAGAGAAUGGCAAAGGCACUCUGGAAUGUGGGGAUCAACCUGGGCAGGAGAACCACACUGCCCUGGACUCCUCUGGCCCUCAGGGAGCAUUUUAAUCUUCUAAGGUGUAGCCACCAUGACAAUGCUAUUAAAGCCUCCCAUAUCUUUGAAAUCCUCUUAACUUUGUGUGGGCAGACUCUGAUUUCCCCAUUUUAUAGACAGGAAAACUGACUUUCAGACAGGAGGUGUGGCCUGCCUGAAGAGACUCAGCAUUUGGUUAGGCGAUGGGGUUAGGCGAUGGGGUUAGGAAAUGGUGGGGCCAGAUGGGCUGGCAUUCCAGCUCCUUUGCCCAUCAGCACUGUGGCAAGUCUCCUAGGCUACACGUCAGCCGCUGCCUCAUUUACCAAACCCACUGCCAUCAGUGUUUUCUCUGGUCUGGCCCCGACUAGUCGUUAGCCACCUGGCCUCACAUCCUGCUAGAUGCUUAAAACAACUUUGCAAAGAAUGCAAAGAUGCCUGCCUCUGGUUUUGCAUUGUGUCUGCUGUUGCUGUAUUGGAGGAGGCUGCUGGUACCUGUGGCUUUUGUGGUGGGGGAGGAAGAGAAGAGGCUCAGGUGGGGGCAGGGAUGUGAGGCUUCCAGAAUCUCAGUAGGGAAACACGUGGGCUUGAGAAUGUGUUCAUGAGCAUGCGUGUUAGUGUGUGUGUGUGCGCGCGCGUGCGCGCGCGUGCGUACUUACGCUCAUGGGCAUGUGCUCCAUGCACAGCCAGCUACCUCCAGCCUGUAUGAAGGUUGUUGAAACAUCAUGAAGGGGACAGAGAUGGAUUCAUCACUAUUUGGAACUUAAGUGUGGUUCAUAAAAGUUGGAGCCAGCUUUUUUGCCUCAAGGGAGCACAUUGAAGGUGAGAAUCAAGGUUCUAGAGGCCCAGUGUUCACCAAAGGCAACAGGCUGAGAGUUUGCCUGGCCUGGUCCAACAAAGCCUAAUUCUCCAAGUGUGAAAAUGAUGUAUGGAGAAAUAAAUGUCUUGGUGGUUUAAAGCAUUGCUACACAAGUGUGAGGACCAGAGUUCAUAACCCCAGAAACUCCUAUAAAUGGUAGGUGGGUGUGGAGGCCUGCCUAUAAUUCUAGUCUCCCAAAGUGGAGACAGGGCCUCCCCAGAGCAAGCUAGCUAGCAAGACUAGCCAUAUUGGCAAGCUUUUGGUUUACCAAGAAAUCCUACCUUGAUGAAUAAGAAGAGCCAUAGAUGAUUUCUAGUAUAAACCUCCACUUCAACAUGGGCAUGCACACACAAGCAAAAACAUGUGCAUACACUCCACACACACAGAAAAAAAAAUUAUAUAUGACCACCCAAAUUUGCUUCCAAAGGCCUCAGACCUGUCCUGUCCUCACCGAGAAGCCUGGCACAGGUGAGGCUGUCUGCCGUGUCACUUGCUCUCUGAAAGCUCCUACUUAUAAAAAGUAAAGUCAUCGUCACUGUCACCGCCGCAUUCUGUACCACCGUGUGGAAAACUUUCCAUGCAUUGUCUCAUUUUAUCUUCCCAAGCUAUAAGAAGGUGUUGGUAUCAUUCUC